GCCAACUAAAAAAAAAGUAGAGGCGUCGGGGAAGAAAGACAGACGGAGAGCAGCCGAGCCACGCGGGAGGGCACGAGAAAGGCGCCAGUGACAGGCGUUCUCGGCGAACCAUCGGCUGGGUCGGAACCGUCAAGACGGAAGCCAAUGACGGUGGCCGGGGACAGGACAGGAAUUGAGCAUUUUCAGGGCUCCGCGAUUGUCCGAUGGAAAGUUCGGUUAUCACCCAAGUGCACAAAGAAGACGUCCAAGUGUCGCCCAAAACAGGCCAGGUGAGCCGCUCGGCCCUGAAGCAGCCUCGGAGUUGUAACCUCUUCAAAGCGCUCUUCUGCUGCCUGCGAGCUCCGGAUGGGUCCCGACAGCCGCCGCCGCCGCCGCCGCCGCCUUCCCAGCAGGCCUUGCUGGAGGCGCAGGAAAAUGGGGCGCUCGUUAAGUUGUGCGACGCCGGCCUCCUGCCCCGGGUGACCGCCCGCGACCAAGGCAAGAUCUGCGUGGUCAUCGAUCUGGACGAGACGCUGGUGCACAGCUCCUUCAAGCCGAUCAGCAACGCGGACUUCAUCGUGCCCGUGGAGAUCGAGGGGACCACGCACCAGGUGUACGUGCUCAAGAGGCCGUACGUGGACGAGUUCCUGCAGCGAAUGGGAGAGCUGUUUGAGUGCGUGCUGUUCACCGCCAGUUUGGCCAAGUACGCCGACCCCGUGACGGAUCUGCUGGACCAGUACAGCGUGUUCCGGGCCCGCCUCUUCCGGGAGUCGUGCGUCUUCCACCAAGGCUGCUACGUGAAAGACUUGAGCCGGCUGGGCCGAGACCUUCGCAAGACGCUCAUCUUGGACAACUCUCCCGCGUCCUACAUCUUCCACCCCAACAAUGCUGUGCCUGUGCUGUCGUGGUUCGACGACGUGGACGACGCCGAACUGCUCAACCUUUUACCCGUGUUUGAAGAACUCAGCCGGGCGGAGAACGUUUACACCCAGCUGGACCAGCUUCGCGGCCAUUAAGGGACCGCCUUCCGCCGCAUGUCGCGCAUUGAAACGGCAGCUGUUCGACGCGUCGUCGCCCGCGUGGGCUUCGAGACGUUCCAAAGCCCGAUGACGCUUGCUUGGCCGUUGUGAUUGCGGCAAGAACGAUUCCAAAUCUUCCCAACGGCCACCCGAGCGCCACCGUCGCUCCUAUUUAGCCGAGUAGGCCAAUUGUUCUGGUGCCAAAACGGUUGCUGGCAUGCCCUCAUUUGGCUGUUCUACGUCCUUUUUAUCGAGUGCCUUGAAGGAACCGCUGGGGGCUUUUUUGAAAUCACUACCGGGUUUUAUACACCAUUCGUUGUUUUCUAUGGAAAUCCAAUUUGAAACUCGUUCCUCUAUGCAAGCCGCUUCUGUCAGCGUUUCAUCGAACUGGAAGUCGGCGUUGGCCUUUUAAAUAAGCAACAAAACAAAGGUCACGCUGCGGGAUUCCCAUCCAUUUGUGGAGCGCUUCGCAUUACAAAGCAAACGCGACUUGUAACGUGAACAAAACGCAUCCGUGAAGCGGCAUGCGUUCGCACAAACCUCAACGUCAUGUGGCGCCGUGCGCGUCCAUCACAUCGCUCUCAGUCCGGACACGUCAAGGAUGUUUGUGCAAAAUCCUCUUUUGGAUUUUGAUGACAUACGGCUCGGAUGACAAUGUCCAGACUGUUGGCCCAUUAAUAUCCGCGUACCGGAUUGGAAACGCUAAAUUGCAAUUGUGCUGUUCCCAUUGACCAAAAAAAAAAAACAAGUCGACUACGUGUCACAUUGGGCCUGAACCGAUCAGAAUGGACUUUCAGUAUGAAUGGAGUCUUAAUGUGUCCGGUUCUCGAUUGCUAUUUUUCUAAAUGUCACUCUUUGAUUGUUUUGAUUGGAUGUCAUCUUGGGACCGUCUUAAAAUAGUGGCCGGAGUCAUAUUUUAAGCUUUAGACCAAAGAAGGAAUUGCCUUCAACCUGCUCUCACGGUGCUGGCCACCUCCUGUUAAAACCGGCAAAAUCUUUAGUCGCAUCCAUCAUUCUGUUCGACCCCUGAAAUGAAAUUCAGAAAUAUCAUCGGUAUUUCUUUGUGUGUGUGUGUGUUUUUUUCUCAAUGUGUUUUCUGGAGGGGG